AUGUCUUCCCACGAUGAAACGCCACCCCUCACCCUCUCCCCACCCUCAAACCUCCCCAACACCCACACCAAUCCCUCCCUAAUUUCCCUCGCUACGACCAACUCCACUGCCUCUCAAGCCGAGAAGGAAAAUCAGCAACCUACCUACAACUCCACCAACCCUUUCUCCCCCUUCUAUUCGCACCCACCAACCCGUACCUCCCUCGAGCAACGAAAAUCCGAGUCCCGGGUACACAUCCAGAUCCACGAACCUUCCUCCACCCUCGCCUCAAACAAUGCCUCACGGACUACACUUCAGAGACCCAAGACACCGCAUCACUCGAGUAGCUAUGGAAGUGCUGCAGCCAACAAAGAUGCGUCGGCUGACCAGCAACCACCGUUCCCACCACCUUACAGUCAAGACGGACCAGAGGCAGAAGAUGGCGGAAAGCUACGACUCGGGGGGACCGGAGGCUUGAGGAAAGCACAUACAAUGUGGCCUUCUAACCCUUCCGGCCGCUGCCAGAAGAGACAUAAUCUCACUGGCACGAUCAGAGGGUCGAGAUUUUGUGCCCCGUAUCGGCGGUUGAGCAAGAAGCAGAGACUUGUAUUCCAGAUCUUGAUUGCAUUGGUGCUGAUAGGCGUGGCGACAGCGCUGGGAGUGGGUAUUAGCAAAGCUGUGGGUGGCGGAGUUUGGGAUGGUGGGGAUACGACGAGGAAGAUUGGAGAUAAUUCAUAA